CCACAUGCAUUCAUUACUUAACCAAAGUUAGGUGCGACAUUUAAGCCAAGUUCAGCAGAUAACACCUGCUUUGCUACCAGAUCAGCAUCUUUGUUUCUCACACGAGAAAUCCAAGAAAAAGAAAAGAACUCAAAAGAUAGAACAACAGAUUUAAUAUCUGUAACGAUUCCGCAAAUCUCCAAAAUAGCACAUUUCUAAGUUUAUAUCACAAAAAUAACACUCAAAAACUAAAAUAACCAAAAUAGCAUUUUAUCUUUUGAAAAUUUUAAAUUUUUUUAUUUUUAAAAAUAUGAAAUCUUAUCCCCAAAACCUCACUUCUCAACUCUAAACUCUAAAACCUAAACUCUAAACUCAAAAUCCUAAAUUUUAAAUCAUAAACCCUAUCCCUUAAGUGCUAUUUUUGUGACUUUUGGCCUUGAGUGUUAGUUUGAAAACAAAAACUUGAUUUAGUGUUAUUUUGGUCUUUUUGUUUAUUUCUUAUGCUUGUGAAAAGAAAACGUUGAUGUCAUUGCAGUUUGCCAUUGCGUGCAGAGCAGCAGAGGUGUGAUCUUUUUCGACGGGGAAUUAAAAAAAUGCUUAAAAAUUGGUUGUACAUUAUUAAAAAGCAAUAAAGUAUUCAAGGAUUGCAAACAAGAAAAAUGUUACCAACAAUGACUGUGAAGAAUAUAUUUUAGUAUUCGUUAUCAUUGUAUAUAUUACAACACGAGAUUCAGCCAUAUUAAUUAAAAAAGUUAUGUCACAAAACAGUUCAACACCUCAUAUGGUUGUAGAUUUUUUUGACAUACAAGUUGAUUUUUUUUUAUACAUAGUUAACUUCAGCAUGAAGCAACUCUAUAUUGCAUUCAUGUGAAGAAUUGAUAAAUCUACGAGUUAAAUUGUAUAAAAGUAUCAGAAUUUAUAUAGUUAAUUAUACCAAUCUAACAUGUGAUUAAUUCAAAUAUAUAUCACCAAAAAUUAAGUAGUUUACUUAUAACCAUCACUUAUACAGUAAUACUAUACAAAUAUAAAAUUAGUUUUUAAUAUUUCAUAAAUUCCUUUUAAAUAUUUAUCAUAAAGUUAUCUCUACCAAAUUAUUCAUAAUCAUUUACCCAAACAUAUCCUAAAAGAUUCCUAGUCUUUUAAAUAGUCAGUUAAAAAUUAUCUCACCAUUGGAAUACAUUUCUUAGCUUAUUUUGUACUGUUAAUAAAAAAAAUGCUUAUUUUGUACUUAAACUAAUACUACUGAGGUACUCAGCAAUGAGAUUGCUGUAGUGACAAAAACCAAAAGUCUUCCUGCUCUGCUUUUUAAAUGGAUUUAAUGAAAUAGUCAAAUGUUGCUACUUGCCACCACGAGCACACCAUUACCGCCAAAGUUAUGUAUAUAAUCAUAUAUAUAAUUACAGUAAGGUCAAUACUAACCACCAUAAUGAAAUAGUCGUCAUAUGAUCACCACGAGCUCACCAUUACCCACCAUAAUUGUACAUAGACAUACAUAUAUUUAUGAUAAGACCAUGCACCAUAGUCUUGAAGCAGACAAUGGAGCUUCCUUUAUUUGCAGCGCUUCAAAGAACACCACGAGUUGCACUUACAUUAUCAUUUGUUCUAUUUUCCCUCACAAUAGUCCCUGCUUUAUAUUCUCUCCUAGCCAAUCCAAUCUCACCUCUACUAGUCUCAUCAUCCGAGACUGAUGGCCCCUUUCCAUCGGAUCAUAUGCAUCUCAGUCCUCUAAAUUCUCCAUCUGUUCGGACUAUUUCACCUGUGAAUAGUCCCCUUCAUGCUCCAUAUCAUACAAGACAUCAGAAGUCUUCAUCCGGUAAGAUUCCUUCACCUAACAUUAGUCCAAUUCCGGUUCCACCUGAUCAUACCCUUUCGAGACAUCAGCAUUCUUCAUCCAAUCAGAGUCCCUCACCCGUCAACGGUUCCAUUCCCGCUCCACUCAAUUCAUCCUCAGUCACAACUUCAAAAUCAAGGACGCAGAUCAGAGAUAAUGAACAGAGGUGUGAUCUUUUCAACGGUGAAUGGAUACCAAACGAUGAAUCUCCAUACUAUAACAUGACGUGCUGGGCGAUACAAGAGCACCAGAACUGCAUGCAGUUCGGGAGACCAGACACAGGGUUCAUGAGAUGGAGGUGGAAGCCGGACGGCUGCGACCUCCCCAUCUUUGAUCCUAAUGAGUUUUUAGAAAUGGUUAGAGGGAAGUCCAUGGGGUUUGUUGGUGAUUCCAUUAGCAGAAACCAAGUCCAGUCUCUCUUGUGCCUUCUCUCUAGGGUGGAAUAUCCUGAAGACAUUUCUUCUUCACCAGAUAUAGCUUUCAAAGUAUGGAACUACACAUCCUAUAACUUCAUUCUACAUGUCAUGUGGUCAUUUCUAGUGAAGACUACUAAACCUGACCCUACAGACCCCAAGUCCAACUUCUUCAGCCUCUACCUCGACGAGUAUGAUAACAAGUGGACGAGUCAGAUCAACCAGCUUGACUUCCUGAUUAUAUCAUCAGGCCACUGGUUUUACCGGCCUCUAAUUUUCUACGAAAAUGAAAAACUCUCCGGAUGCCAAUACUGUUCGUUACCAAACACAACUGAGUUGCCUUUGCACUAUGGAUACACGAAGGCUUUAAGAACAUCUCUAAGAGGUAUACUCGAGAAUUUCACUGGUUUGGCAAUUAGGUUCCUACUGAAAUAAGCUAUCUAACAUAUAGUUUUUUUGAGCUUUUUAUAUGUUGGAGACUUGACAGUUCUGACUGGUGAGACAAACUAGUAACAUUAACAACAUAUCAGACUGAAAUAUCUUGUGUGAGAACAUGAAGAAAGUUUGAGAAUACAGCCAGAGUUGAUGUAAG